UCUCCGUCUCUGCCAAGAGAACCACCAGCCAAAACCUUCGACUCCAUCCUCCUUCCUUAACUGUUUCGACGGCCGCCAGUGAGAGUUGUCCGAGUACCGGUGCUGCUAUGGUGUCUUCUUCUUGGCCGUGAUUUCUCGUUCUUCCCCCAUCCUGUGAUCGCGUGAAUCUGCUGUUGCAGAGGUUUGGGUUCCAGCUAGUGGUUCCUUGUGUUGGCGUCGGACGUUCACUAAUUCCGCUUCUCAUCGUCGGAGGUCCUUCCUUCUCCACGUCCGAUCUGCCACUUCCUCUUCAUGCUUCUGCCUUCGUGAUGUGAGCCUGAAGCUGGCGAGAGUUGCAGUGAUCUGAUUACAACACGAGUUUCUGAGAGAUACAUAACAAGCAGAUGGUAUCGUUUGGUUGUCAUGAGUUCUCUGUAAAAUGUGGGAAAUUAGAAGUUGGACUAACCAAAGAUUGAAGAGAAACAAAACUGUCCCACAUAGUUGUUCCUUUCCCAGUGAAUCUCUGGAAUUUGAAAACUGGUCUCCUUCUGUUUGGUGGGAAUGGCCAGUUGGCCACUUCUGCUGGUCUUUGAUGAUCCGCUCUGGCAUGAGUGCGGCAGCAUUUUGUUUAGGUCAUGUGCCAAGUGGUUUGGUUUAGACCAUGUUUUCUUUAGCCCUAGUAGGUUCAAGAAUAGUCCAUAAGUUUUCAUAUCGUUUGGCUAUAUCUUGCAAGCUAUGUGACCAGCCAUUUCAUGGUGACCAUGUUGAAAAUGGAUUUGAAUUUUAUGAGGAGCCUUUGAGAAGAAUGUGGGAUCAAUCAGAUUAUGAUGUCAUUAGAAAUAAAGGUCAUAGUUCACUUGAGGAUGAGAACUAUAACCAGAAACAUUUUUCACUUAGACAGGGAUUCUUAGAAAGCGUGAAGAUAGAUGCUGAGCGGGUUUUUGAAGUUCUUCGACAGGAUGGACCGGGAGUUGAUUCCAGAUUGGUUUUAAAUGAGUUGGAUGUAAGGCCAUCUGGUCUUCUUGUGAGACAAGUUCUCUCUGAUAUUUUGAAGAACAUAAGUUGUGAAAAUAAGACUAGGUGUGCAAAAUUGGCUUAUAAAUUUUUUGUUUGGUGCAGUCAGCAGCAGAGUUACCAGCAUACUACUGACUCCUAUCACUUAAUAAUGAAGAUAUUUGCAGAGAGUGAAGAGUUUAAAGCAAUGUGGAGGCUAGUAGAUGAGAUGAAUGAGAAAGGAAUCCCUGCUACUGCACGAACUUUUCGCAUUUUGAUUUGUACUUGUGGUGAGCUAGGUUUUGCUAAGAAAGUGGUGGAGAGGUUCCUAAAAUCAAACAUGUUUCACUAUAGGCCCUUUAAGCACUCCUACAAUGCAAUCCUCCAUUGUCUUCUCAAUCUAAAGCAAUACAAGUUAAUUGAGUGGGUUCAUCAGCAGAUGUUGCUUGAGGGUCUUCCCUCAGAUAUUUUAACUUAUAAUAUUGUCAUGUAUGCCAAGUACAGACUUGGGAAGCUGGAUCAGUUGCAUAGAUUGCUUGAUGAAAUGGGCAGAAAUGGUUUUUCUCCAGAUUUUUAUACUUAUAACAUUCUUCUUCACGUUCUUGGUAAAGGAGACAAACCACUUGCAGCUCUUAAUCUCUUAAAUCACAUGACAGAAAUGGGUAUAGAGCCAACUGUUCUUCAUUUCACCACAUUGAUAGAUGGACUCAGCAGAGCUGGGAAUGUUGAUGCUUGCAAAUAUUUUUUCGAUGAAAUGAUAAAGAAUGGAUGUAUGCCUGAUGUGGUGGCUUACACAGUGAUGAUCACAGGAUAUGUGGUGGCUGGUGAGAUUGAGAAAGCUCAAGAGAUGUUUCAUGAGAUGAUUUCUAAAGAACAAAUCCCAAAUGUCUUCACAUACAAUUCCAUGAUUCAUGGAUUGUGUGUGGCAGGGAAGUUUGAUGAAGCAUGUUCAAUGCUCAUGGAAAUGGAGGCUAAAGGUUGUAAUCCAAAUUUUGUUGUGUACAGCUCCUUAUUGAGUAGUUUGAGGAAAGCUAAAAAACAUGCUGAAGCUCAUGAUGUAAUGGAACGGAUGAUGGAAAAGGGAAAGUAUGCCCAUCUACUUUCAAGGUUCAAUGGGCACAAGAGAUAGCCAGAAAUAAAUGCUCUGAUUGGACAUGACUUAAGGGAAUCAACUUACAAGUCUUUUUAAUUGAGAUGAUUCACCUGCUUCUUUUUCAGCUGGUGUAGAAGUUGGGGGAACUAAGCAUGUGAUUUCCCUCUGCAUUUGCGAAGAUGCUUAUUUAUAAAAGUGAAGGUGCAUAAAAUGCCUUUUACCUACAUUGUGUAAUGUGUAAUAGUGAUUCUUUUUGUUGGUCCUCUUCAUUUUUCCACUACUAAUGACCUUCAUAUGUGUUCGUGGUGUAUAUUUAAGUAAUAUGAAACUUGAAUUCUCA